GGAAGGCAGCAGAAGAUGGCUUUGUCUACGCAGCCGGAGCUCGGCCAGCGCCGCCCCGCCUCGCCUGUAGCCCCGCCCCCCGCCCCGCCCCCCGCCCCGCCCCGCGCCUCCCCGCGCACCCGGAACUCCGCGUCGCAGUCGCGUUGCUGGAGGGGCGAAUUUGGUCCCGGACUCUGCGCCCUACGCGGGUUCCGGCGGCGAAGGCGGAGCAUGGCGGCCCCAGGACGUCCUGCUCGCGAGGCCUCUGCGGCCUCAGGCUCAGGGCGACCCACGUGCGGUGCCGCCGCCCGCAAAGCGAACCCCGCAGUCUCUGAGGGCAGUGCCGCCUCCAGGAAGUCCAAGAAGAAAAUCCGGGACAGGGCUCCUGCGGCGAACGGAGGCCAGACGGCUUCGGAGCAGCCCGCUCCAGAGGAAGCCUCGCGAAGUGCCGAGGCGCAGGCGGAGCAGCUGGCCCGAGAACUGGCCUGGUGCGUGGAGCAGUUGGAGCUGGGCCUCCAGACGCGGAAACCCACCCUGAAGCAGAGAGAGCAGGCUGUCGGGGCCAUACGAACCCUGCGCAGCGACAGGACGCCCCUGCCCCGGAAGCGGCAGCUGAUGCGUGCCCUGUUUGGAGACUACAGGGCUCAGAUGGAUGCCGAGCGUCUGGAGGCCCUGCGGUCUCUUAGGGCUGGUCUCAACCAUGACUGCUGUGUUGGCCUGAUGUCUGCUGCGUUGCCGCUCUGUGGGUGUGUCGGCUCAUGGUUCUCCUGACUGAAUGGCUUCAUUAAACCCAGACUAUGCUCUAGAACCUUGAGUUUGGGGACUGGAGCUGUGGCGUAGUGGGUAAAGCUGCCACCUGCAGUGCCGGCAUCCUGUUUGGCACCUGUUCGAGACCCAGCUGCUCCACUUCUGAUCGAAGCUCUCUGCUGUGGCCUGGGAAAGCAGUAGAAGAUGGCCCAAGUUCUUGGGCCCCUGCACCCACAUGGGAGACCCGGAAGAAGCUCCUGUCUCCUGGCUUCAGGGCAGCACAGCUCUGGCCAUUGUGGCCAUCUGGGUGGUGAACCAGCGGAUGGAAGACCUCUCUGCUUCUGCCCCUCUCUCUAACUCUGCUUUCAAAUAAAUAAAUAAAUCUUAAAAAAAAAAAAAAAUAGAACUUUGAGUCCAGCAAAUGUCUGGGUAUAAUUUUUCCAGCCUGGUAUCCUAACACAAUAGAAGAUGGACUAGGACAGGGAUGAUGUUGUCAGUUAGGAAUUGGGGUUAAGGUUAGAGUCUAGGAUUACAGAGCCAGGCUCGGUUCACAGAGUUGAGCUGAUUCCUUUUGUAACAGCUUCAUCACUGAUCUCUAACUCUUCAGUGGAGCCCUUGGCAGAGCUCAUAUUAAUGUGUGAGAAGAGAUCUGGCUUUCUAAUGUGUUCUUUAAAUGCCAUGACCUCAAACAAACAGGUGAGUAUUUCAGCAACAUUUGAUUUUCUUGGUUUAUUUUGGGAGGUGAAUAGAGCACCCAUCCUCUCCACUUCUGAAUCCCUGCAGUGAUCAGCGGAACAGGGCCAAAGCCAGGAGCUGUGAACUCAGUACAGGCCUCUCCUGUGGGUGGCAGGGACCCAACUACGAGCCAUCACCACUGCCUCCCAAGGUCUGCAGUAGUGGGGAGCUGGGAUCAGGGAGUGGAGCCCAGACUAUUACAGGAAGCAGGUGUCAAAGUGGCCUCAACCACCAGGCCCAGCACCACCUCUAGUUUUCUUUCUUAAACAUGGUUACUGAUUUUUUUUAAGGGGUGCAUCCAACCUUGGAACCUGGUGGAUUUUUGAAUCAGAUUGCUAAGGCUGUAAUCCUUGCUCUAGGUGAGCUUUGUCUGAUUAAACUUUUUUUUUUUUUGACAGGCAGAGUUAGAGACAGAGGACAGAGAGAAAGGUCUUCCUUCCAUUGGUUCAACCCUCAAAUGGUUGCUACAGCCUGCGCACUGUGCAGAUCCAAAGCCAGGAGCCAGGUGCUUCCUCCUGGUCUCCCAUGUGGGUUCAGGGCCCAAGCACUUGGGCCAUCUUCUACUGCUAUCCCAGGCCACAGCAGAGAGCUGGACUGGAAGAGGAGCAACUGAGACAGAAUCCGGCGCCCCGACCAGGACUAGAACCCGGGGUGCUGGCGUCACAGGUGGAGGAUUAGCCUAGUGAGCUGUGGCGCCAGCCACAUUUUUUUUUUUUUUUUAAAGAUUUAUUUACUUACUUGAAAGAACUACACAAAGAGGAGAGGCAGAGAGAGAUCCGCUGGUUCACUCCCCAGAUGGCUGCCACGGCCAGAGCUGUGCCAAUCAGGAGAUAGGAGCUUCCUCUGGGCCUCCCACGUAGGUGCAGGGGCCCAAGGACUUGGGCCAUCUUCCACUGCUUUCCCAGGCCAUAGCAGAGAGCUGGAUCAGAAGUGGAGCAGCCAGGACUCCGACCGGUGCCCAUAUGGAAUGCCGGCACUGCAGGUGGUGGCUUUACCCAUUACAUCACAGUGCCAGCCCCUACUGAAUCUUAUAGUAGACAUUUUCUGAUAGCAAUUUUAAAUUUCUCUUGGUUGCUCUACAAGCUACAUUUGUGUGAUUUUCUCCAAAUGCUGAAGAAAGUUUUCACCUACCUUUUAAAAAAAGAUUUAUUUACUUAUUUGAAAGGCAGUUAGAGGGAGAGACAGAUCUUCCAUCCACUGGCUUGCUCCCCAAAUGGCCACAAUGGCUGGAGCUAGGCUGAUCCAAAACCAGGAGCCAGGGGUACAUCUUGCGGGUCUCCCAUGUGGGUGAAGGGGCUGAAGGACUUGGGUCAUCCUCUGCUGCUUUCCCAGGCGCAUUAGCAGUGAGCUAAAUCAGAAGUGGAGCAGCUGGGACUUGAACCUGCACCCGUAUGGCAUGCUGGCACCACAGGCAACUUUACCUGCUUUGCCUUAGUGUUGACCUCUCACCUACUUUCUUUAUUGCUUAUGAUAAGUUUACCAACCUCAGGUCCAUCAGUUUUCUGUGGACUAAGCAUCUUUUGUUCCUCCUGAAUGAGAAUGCACCCAAGAACAAUCUCCCCAGAUUCAGGCUCUAGGCUCGCUGGCCUCUCACAAGCCACGUAUCCGUGAAUGAAACUAAGUGCUGGUUGGGCCUCCCCACCAACCUAUGACCCUUGAUGUUCCUUGGCCCACUUGGCACAGAAUCAGCAUGUCCUCUCAUGUCGCUGACCUGUCCUGGCGCUAGCUUGCAUCCUAGAGUCUAGGUGGCAUCUGUAUAGGUUAGACUGCAAAGCACCCGAGUGUCUGGUUUAUUUCUCAAAUGCCUUUGAGAGCUGCAGCUGGGCCAGGCCAAAGCCAGGAGCCAGAAACUCAAUCUGUACCCCCCAUGUAAUUGGUAGGAGCCCAGUUGAGUCCUUGAAGGGGGAUAUGUGGCUGGCCUGUAAGUCCAGGGUUUGAUGCUAUGACGUUGUCCAGCUAACCUUGGGUCUCCUCAGUGAUUGGAAUUCAGGCAGAUGGAGUCAGGGCAGGUGGGUGAAGGCCAGGGGUCAAGUUAGGGCUUUUGCUAGUUUUGUUUAAUUUUAUUUAAUUGAAAGGCAGAGACAAAUGGAGUGAUCUUCCAUCCUUUGCUUCACUUCCUAAAUGCCUACAAUAGCCAGGAGGCAGGACUCCAUCUGUGUUUGCCAUGUGGGUGGCGGGGGCCCAAUUGAGCCAUCACCACUGCCUGGCGGGGUACAUUUAACAGGAAGCUGGAAUAGUGAGUGGAGCCAGGGCAUCAGCUGAACACUCCAGUCUAGGAUGUGGGUGUACCAGGGUUGGUUAGUUUUAGGGUGGUUUGAGCUAGGAUUGGGCUUAAAUAGGGAUGAAACCUGGAGCAAGGGAUAUGGUUGAUGUUAGGUAUUAGUGAUAGUUUGACACCAGGGUUGAGGUUGGAAUUGGGUCCAAUGUUAGGUCUUAGGGUUGGGGUUAUAGUAGGUUAGGUAUUAAGAAUAGAGCUCGAGUCUUAGGGUUAGGGAUUUAAGAUUAAGGUCAGAGGAUAGGGUUGUUAGGGUUAGCUUUAGGGGAUAGGGUUAAGUGUUAGGUUUAGGGUAUGGGAGAUUAGGCUAUAAGGGUUAAGGAUAGGAUUUGGGUUGGGGUUUCGAGUUACAGUUAAGGCUUAAGGGGGCUAGGGUUGUUAGUGUUACAGUUGGGUGAGGGUUAGGGCUACUGCCUGACAAUGGUCAGGGUUUGGGGUUAGGGUAGAAUAUGGGCUAUGGUUUUAAGGUUGGGGUAGGUUUAAGGGCUAUGGUUAUUGGUAUGGAUAGGGUUUAGUGUUGGAGUCAAGCUAUAGGAUUUGGGUUAGGGUAGGGGUUAGCACUGUGUUAGGGUUAGGUUUGGAGUUGAGAUAGGGUUACAGUUAGGGGUGGAGGUAAGGGCUUAGGGUCCAUGUCAGUGUCAAGGUCUGGUUUAGGGUUAGGGUGGUUAGGAUCUAGGGGUCAGGAGAUGGGAUUGGGAUCAGGGUUUAGGGUUAGUUUUAGGGUUGAAGGUUAGAGUGUGAGUUAAGGGUUCAGAAUUGGGUUGUUUAGGUUAGGGUUAGAGCUAAGGUUUAGGAUUAUGGUAUAGGGUUAUGGUUAGGGCUGGGAUUAGCAUUUGGGAUUAAAGUUGGGGUAGGGUAUAGAGUAUGAGUUAGGGUUAGUGCUAGUUCUAGGAUUCUUGGUUUAGGGUAAAGGGUAGAGGCUUGCAGUUGAGGGUUAAGUCUAGGGUGUUAGGGUUUUACAGUUUUAGGGUUAGUGGGGUGGGUUUGAUGGGGAUAGAGUUAUGGUUGGGGUUUUAGGGUUAUGGUUGGAGUUUUAGAUAUAGGGUUUGGUUUAGUGUCAAGGGUCGGGUAGGAUAGGAUUAACUGGGGGUUAACUUUUGAGGACUGGGUUUGGGGUUAGGGUUUAAGUUUGGGGCUGGGACUAGGGGUUGGAGUUGGGGUUAGGUUUUAGGGUUAAGGAUAGAGAUAGGAGCCAGUGCCGCGGCUCACUAGGCUAUUCCUCCGCCUUGUGGUGCCGGCACACCGGGUUCUAGUCCCGGUCAGGGCACCGGAUUCUGUCCCGGUUGCCCCUCUUCCAGGCCAGCUCUCUGCUGUGGCCCGGAAAGGCAGUGGAGGAUGGCCCAAGUGCUUGGGCCCUGCACCCCAUGGGAGACCAGGAUAAGUACCUGGCUCCUGCCAUCAGAUCAGCGCGGUGUGCCGGCUGCAGCGCGCUGGCCGUGGCGGCCAUUGGAGGGUGAACCAACGGCAAAAGGAAGACAUUUCUCUCCUACUUACAUAUGUGAAAGGCAGAAUUACAUGGGGAGACAGAAAGAAAGAGAAAGAGAGACAGAAAGAAAAUCUUCCAUCUGCUGCCUCACUCUCCAAAUGGCCACAAUAGCCAGGCCUGGGCCAGGCCGAAGCCAGGAGCCUGGAGCUUCUUCCAGGUCUCCCACAUGGAUGCAGGGGCUCCUUUUGCUGCAUUCCUGGAAGCAGUAGCAGGGAGUGGUUUGGAAGUGGAGCAGAUGGGACUUAAACCCAGUGCCCACAUGGGACACGGUGCUGCAGGUGGCAGCGUAACUUGCUGUACCAUGGCGCUGGCCCCUCCAGAGAUUUUUUUUUUAUUUUUUAGAUUUAUUUUAUUUAUUUGAAAGAGUUACAGAGGGAGGUAGAGCCAGAGAGAGAGAGAGAGGUCUUCCAUUCCACUGGUUCACUCCCCAAAUGACCGCAACGGCCAGAGCUGAGCUGAUCUGAAGCCAGGAGCCAGGAGCUUCUUCCAGGUCUCCCACAUGGGUGCAGGGGCCCGAGGACUUGGGCCAUCUUCUACUGCUUUCCCAGGCCAUAGCAGAGAGCUGGAUCGGAAGUGGAGCAGCAGGGACACAAGCUGGUGCCCAUAUGGGAUGUUGGUGCUUCAGGUGGUGUCUUUAACCUGCUGUGCCACAGCACCGGUCCCCAGAGACUUUCGCUGACCUGAAAAAAAAAAAGGAACAGAAGGUGAAGGGGUAGGUAAAUCUUAUUAUAUGGGGUGAAACACAUUUUUGGAUUACAAAUCACUCUAAGCUUGGAUGCCCCGAGACAAGAGACUUGUUCUCUCUGCCUUAUGAGAGUACUUAAAAAAAAAAUUCACAGAAAAAAUGCAAUUAAGAGAUCAGGUUUUUAUGGUACAAAACAUUUUGAAAUCCCGGCUGGUGUUGUAGCUCAGUGGGUUAAAUCACCACUUCAAUGCCAACAUCUCAUGUCAGAGUGCCAGACUGACUGCUGGAGACUUUGCUUCCCAUCCAGCUUUCUGCUAAUGCAUCUGGGAAGGCAGCAGAUGACAACUCAGCAUGCUAACCCAUGUGGAAGACCUGGAUGCAGCUUAUGGAUCUUCCAAUAGAUGCAAGAUUCUCUCAUUCUCUCUCUCCCUUCCCUUUCUGUCACUCUGCCUUUCAAUUAAGUAAAUUAAAAACACUGAAAUUCAUGCAGCUGUUUCUUAAUACAUACAUUCCAUGAACAUUUUUUAAUUCCUCAUAUAAUCAAGUAAAAGAGCAACUGAAGCUGUCAUAGAGUUGUAUUUCAUCAAUAAACCUGCAAUAGAUUCCAAUAAUAAUUCAAAUUCUCUGUAUAUUUGAAAGACAGAGAGAGAAAGAGAGAGAGAAUUUCCAUUUGCCGGUUUACUUCCCAAAUGCCUGCAAUAGCCAAGGCUGGGCCAGGCCAAAGCCUGGAGCUAGAAACUCAAUUCAGAUUUCCCACAUGGAUGGUAGGGACCCUGCUGCUUUCCAGGGUGCACAUUAGCAGGAACUGGAAUUAAAGUGGAUCCAAGCACUCCCAUUUGGGUUGCAAAUGUCUCAAGCAACAUCUCAAUCACCAUGCCAAACAUCCAACCCAUGAUUCCAAUUCUGAUUCCAAUACAAUGGCCAAAUGUUCCUAAGUUCCACUUCCUUUAGGCACUGUACAUCUUUAAAAGUGACUGUUAUUCUCCCCAUUUGCAAAUAAGGGGAUAGCCCAGGGAGGUUGAGUGAUCUACACAUUUAGUGUUUGAAAGAUGUGGGGCCGGUACGCAGCUCAAUAGGCUAAUCCUCCACCUGUGGCCCCAGCACCCGGGGUUCUAGUCCCAGUUGGGGUGCCAGAUUCUGUCCCGGUUGCUCCUCUUCCAGUCCAACUCUCUGCUGUGGCCCGGAAAGGCAGUGGAGGAUGGAGCAGGUCCUUGGGCCCCGCACCCUCAUGGGAGACCGGGAGAAGCACCUGGCUCCUGGCUUCAGAUCAUCAGCCAUUGCGGAGUGAAUCAACGGAAAAGGAAGACCUUUCUGUCUCUCUCACUGUCCACUCUGCCUGUCAAAAAAAAAAAAAAAAAAAAAAAAAGAGGUGGGACUCAGAUCUUGUUCUACUGACUCUCCUGCUCAGUGCCCUGGCCUCUUCACUAAAGCUGAGUGUAUUUUGUUCCCAAACUACUUGAGUACAGAUGAACAAAUCAAGGCAGAAUCAUUGAUUGUUUCUCUUGGGAUUCAGCGAGUUCAAAAUGAAGGUAUGGGUGAGAAUCAAGAGUUACAGGAGUAUUUAUAGCAUUAGUGUAAUGGAUUAUAGGGUUUUAUAUGAAGAAUAAUGUAUUUUACCAUUUGGAAAUCUGAAAUAUGUAAAUAUUCUCUGUAUGAGACAUUUUAUAUGGAGUUAUCAUGCAAUAAUUGUAAGACAGACUUCAAAAUAAUUUUUGAUUCUGUAUCUUAACAAGAGAAGGUGGUUGAUGGCAACUUCUUUUUUCCAUUUGGAAGACAUUUGUGGACAGCAGAUAGUAAAAUUGUACAUGCAAUGGUUUCACAACUCAGUUAUUCUCUGAGAACAUAUCUCUCAUAGUGAUAAGACAGACAGAGACACAGGAAUUUUCGAAGGAAUUAGCAAAUAAAGUGGAGUACAAUCCUCAGGUAAUAUGAAUAUUAUAUACUAGUUAAAGUGUUAUAUCUAAAUGCAUGUACUUCACAAAAAGACAAACUCUGAUGUAGUGCAUAAGGAUAUGUUGCAUGCUGUGGGAAUACUAUUAUACUAGUUACUUAAGUUCUUAAAAAAUUCUCUAUGGAUGCCUAAGUCAUUACUAACAUGGAAUGAUUGAGAGGAAACACACUCAACAAAAUUCAUGACCGUGGUUGUAUUUGGGGGACAGAUGCACAGAGGAAUGGUUCCAUGUAGGGAUACAAAGAAACAAACUGUAUUGGUAACAUUUUAAAUAUCUUCAAAUUAUGAGUUUUCAUGCAAAUAUUAAAUAUUUAUAUCUUCA